AUGUACGGAAGGAAUUUCCCGUUCUUCAAUUCUCUUGGCGGAUUCUAUCCUCGUGGUAAUGGCUUUCCCUUGGACGCACCGAGCUUAGAUCCUCGGAAACCUUCAGGCACUGGGUAUACCAGUAAAGUCCGUGUGCGGGACAAGUACCGCAUCGUGGGGUUUAUCAGCAGUGGUACCUAUGGUAGAGUCUACAAGGCCAUCGGAAAGAAUGGCGAGAAACGGGAAUUCGCCAUUAAAAAAUUCAAGCCAGACAAAGAAGGAGAGAUCAUUCAGUAUACCGGUCUCUCCCAGUCGGCCAUCCGAGAGAUGUCACUCUGCUCAGAACUGGACCAUCCCAACGUAGUUCAGCUAGAAGAGAUCAUUCUCGAGGACAAAUGCAUCUUCAUGGUUUUCGAGUACACAGAACAUGAUUUACUUCAAAUCAUCCAUCAUCACACGCAGCCGCAGAGACACGCCAUCCCAGCGCCCAUGGUACGGUCGAUCUUGUUCCAACUUCUCAACGGUCUGCUCUAUCUCCACACCAACUGGGUGCUCCAUCGAGACUUGAAACCCGCCAACAUCCUAGUCACAUCGAGCGGUGCCAUCCGUGUCGGGGACUUGGGUCUCGCGCGUCUGUUCUACAAACCACUCAAUUCCCUGUUCUCUGGUGAUAAGGUGGUUGUGACCAUCUGGUAUCGUGCGCCCGAGCUUCUGAUGGGUAGCCGACAUUACACGCCCGCCGUUGACCUCUGGGCCGUGGGGUGCAUCUUCGCCGAGCUUCUUUCGCUUCGGCCCAUCUUCAAAGGCGAAGAGGCCAAGAUGGACAGCAAGAAGACCGUCCCAUUCCAGCGGAAUCAGAUGAUGAAAAUUAUUGAAAUCAUGGGGUUACCAACCAAAGAGAUCUGGCCCGGUAUCACGUCGAUGCCCGAGUUCUCGCAACUCCAGUCCCUGGCCAUGUCGCGCGCGCCCCAUUUCAACCGCUCGUCCAACCUAGAAAACUGGUACCAGAGCUGCCUCAAGAAUGGCGGGUACUCGGCGAACUCUAGUGCCGGCACCCCGGGCGCGGACGGGUUUGACCUUCUGUCACGCUUACUGGAGUACGAUCCUACAAAGAGAAUCACGGCCCGGGAGGCCCUCGAACAUCCCUACUUCAAGAACGGCGGGCCGAUUUCGGCCAACUGCUUUGAAGGGUUCGAAGGCAAAUAUCCCCAUCGGCGUGUCACCCAGGACGAUAAUGAUAUCCGGUCUGGUAGCUUACCAGGAACAAAGCGGAGCGGUCUGCCGGACGACAGUCUCAUGGGCCGAGCUUCAAAGCGGAUCAAGGAGUGA